UACUUAUUUCCUGUAGAGCGUACGACUGUAGUCCAAAGCGAUGUUAUCGGCAAUCGUUUGGUGAGCUGGGAGGCGGGACCAGGCUCAAUGGUGGCGGAGUUGUGUUUUUGCAUUUCACCAACGCGGUUACCGCCAGGCUCGGACAGUGAGCGCUAGAAAGGGCGGAAGUGAGGCCUGGAGGCUGCUGGGGAGGAGUAAAAAACAUGGGGAUCAAAGUUCAACGUCCUCGAUGUUUCUUUGACCUAUCGAUUAACAAUGUUACAGUUGGAAGAGUUGUCUUUGAGCUGUUUACAGAUGUCUGUCCAAAAACAUGUGAAAAUUUCCGAAGUCUCUGCACAGGUGAAAAGGGUAUUGGGAAAAGCACACAGAAGCCAUUGCAUUAUAAAAACUGCUUGUUCCAUCGAGUGGUAAAGGAUUUCAUGGUUCAGGGAGGAGAUUUCAGUGAAGGCAAUGGAAGAGGAGGUGAAUCAAUAUAUGGAGGAUUUUUUGAAGAUGAGAACUUCUCUGUUCAACACACCAAGGAAUUCCUCCUGUCCAUGGCCAACCGAGGCAAGGACACAAAUGGCUCACAGUUUUUUAUAACAACAAAGCCAACACCUCACUUGGAUGGGCUCCAUGUUGUUUUUGGUCAAGUUGUGUCUGGUCAAGAAUUUGUAAGAGAGAUUGAAAAUCAAAAAACUGAUCCUUCUAGCAGACCGAGUGCAGAAGUCCGAAUACAGAAUUGUGGAGAACUUGUUCAGGUCCAAAAAUCUAAAUCUAAGAAAGAGAAGAAGAGGCACAAAUCUUCCUCCUCCAGUGACACAGAAGACUCAAGUGGGUCCGAUUCCUCUGAUUCAUCAUCGGACUCAGAAGAGGAAGGAAAAUCAAAAAAAAAGAAGAAAAAGCACAAGAAAACUUCCAAGAAACAGAAGAAGGAGAAAAAGAAGCGAAAAAAGACCAAGAAAAGUUCUGAGAGUGAACAUGAAGAUGAGGUUCAGGUCACAUCCACUGUACGUCCAGAAGAGAUCCCCACUGUGCCAGAGAACAAGUUCUUAAUGAGAAGGAGUCCACAGAGAGUUGAUGAGCAAGAAGCAAGAGGCAUUGACAGAGAACGAGAAAGAGAAAACAAUUCACUUUACCAGAGAAGGCUUUUAGUAACGAGGUCUGGAAGGAAAAUUAAAGGAAGAGGCCCCAGACGCUACCGUACACCAUCAAGAUCUAGAUCUAGAGAUCGAUUUAGAAGAAGUGAAACUCCCCCACACUGGAGGCAAGAGAUGCAGAGAACACAGAGGAUGAGAUAUUCUAGUGGAGAACGUUGGAUCAAAGGAGAUAAGAGUGAAAUGAAUGAAAAAGACACUCAAAAAAGUCCAGUAAGGGGAAGGGAGAGGAAACAGUCUGACCAAAGAGCUCCAUCUGAGAGUCCAAGCAAAAGAAAUGAUCAUGGGAAGAAAAGCAAAGAUCGAAAAUCAAGCAGCAGGGAAAGGGAGUCUAAGAAACAUGGCAAAAAUGACGAAAAGGAGAAUAAAUCCUGGAGCCGAAAAAGGACAAAGUCCGAUAGCCGGAGUGAAAGUAAGGAGAACGCUAAAAACAGAGAGGCGAAACACAGCAAGCGUGAUAAGACCAGAUCAAGAAGCAAGGAAAAAGGACAUGAACGGGAAAAAGGAAAACAAUCGGACAACAAAACAAAAGAUAAAGAGAGAAGCAGAAGUAAGGAGAGGGCAAAACAAAGCAAGUCAAAAAAUGAACCUGCAACAAGUAAAAGCAGGGACAGAGCAAGAAGCAAAGAGAGAGCAAGAAGUAAGAGUAAAGAGAUGAGGAAAAGUAAAGAACGGGAUAGAAGUAAAAGCAAGGAAAGAAGGAAAAGUAAGGAAAGAGGUAGCAGUAAAAGCAAGGUAAGAAGGAAAAGUAAGGAACGAGGUAGAAGUAAAAGCAAGGAAAGAAGGAAAAGUAAAGAUCGGGAUAGAAGUAAAAGCAAGGAGCGAGGUAAAAGUAAAGAACGGAGUAGAAGUAAAAGCAAGGAGAGGGUGAAAAGUAAAGAACGGGGUGGAAGCAAAAGCAAGGAGAGAGUGAAAAGUAAAGAACGGGGUGGAAGCAAAAGCAAGGAGAGAGUGAAGAGUAAAGAACGGGGUAGAAGUAAAAGCGAGGAAAGAGUGAAAAGUAAAGAACGGGGUAGAAGUAAAAGCGAGGAAAGAGUGAAAAGUAAAGAACGGGGUAGAAGUAAAAGCAAGGAGAGAGUGAGAAGUAAAGAACGGGGUAGAAGUAAAAGCAAGGAGAGAGUGAGAAGUAAAGAACGGGGUAGAAGUAAAAGUAAGGAACAAGACAAGAGCAAAGAUAGGCAUGAAAAAGCAAGGAGUAAGGAACGCGAAUCUGUGAAAGCAAAACGUAGAUCCAGCAGCACAGCUAAAGAGAGAAGCAAAAGCAAAGAAAAAGCUAAAAGGGCUCCAUCAAGAAGCCGGGACAAGCGCCGAACCAGAAGUCGAGAUCGCGCUAGAAGCAAAGACAAAGAAUCCAAGGUAAGGGGUCGGUCCAGAAGCAGAGAUCGAAAAAGAACCCCAGAAAAGUCCAAAAGCAAACGAAGUACGAGCCGGGAUGACUCCAAAUCUUCCGAUCGCGAGGUCAGUCAAACCAAAAACGAAGACUCUGCAAAAAAAGAAGGAAAAAAAGGCUCUCCGAAAAAGUCCCCAGAGCGUGAAAGCCACAAAAGGAAGUCUUCUCGCAGCAGCAGUCCAGAAAGUAAACUAACCAGAAAAUCUAGCCGAAAUCAUACGAGUCCAGACUCCAACACAGUGCAUAGCACUUACAGAGAGGACCAAUCGUCCCAUGAGAGAAGCGGAGACCGGGAGAAAAAUAGAAGAUAUUCGCAUGACAAAGAAAACGGCAAAAGGUCCCGCAGCCGUGAAAGACGUCCUUCCCGCUCAAAGGAACAAAGAAUAAAUAGUCAGUCCAGUCCCAACAGUGUUGACAAUAAGAAUGAGUAAUACAAUUUAGACAUAUAUUUGGACUUUUUUUUUCUUUUUUAUAGACUUUCACUUGUCCGCAUUUUUUUUUUCUUAUAUAAUUCCUAGCCUGGAUCAUUUGUAUUGCUUAUGUUUUAAUAAAUGUUCCAUGAAAGAAUUUUAGGUGUACAACAUUGUCAACAUUUUGUGUUUUUAAAUGGUUGAGGGUUUUUCUUUUUUCUCUAGUUUUACUUGGCUGGAAAGUUUUGGUUUUCCCUUGACUCUUCAGAAAACGCAUGUGUUCAUGCUUUGAUUAAAAUGCUGUGCUUUUGGUUCCUGAUGUUAUGGCACGCUUCUAAUAGCAUCUACACCAUAGUUGUAAAAGACUAUAUGUAACAUCUUAGAAACUUUUGACGUAUGUUUACAAGUAUUUUUUUAAAGGCUUGGUAAUAUCUAUGUAUAGUAUGAAAUGUAUACUAAAUGUUUUCUGCUGUAUAAAUUUGAAGUGUGGUUUGUUUGCUGCCCUUAA